AUGGCUGCCUUCGUGGAGCUCGUAGCUGGCUGCUACGAGCAAGUUGUUUUUGGUUACAGUGUUCGAACUGACCAAAAGGAGUGGACGGCCAAGGCGGACUUUACCCAUCACGCACACAUGGCGUCCGUUUCCGCCGUGGCGGCCAGCGACAGAUUUGUGGUGACAGGCAGCAAAGACGAGACCAUCCUCUUGUAUGACAUGAACAAGAAGGUGGAACACGGCUCUCUGCUGCACCACGACGGUUCCAUCACCUGCCUGGAGUUUCACGGGACGACGCAUCUGAUGAGCGGGGGAGAAGACGGACUUUUGUGUGUGUGGAGCACCAAGAAGUGGGAGUGCCUCAAGUCCAUCAAAGCGCACAAGGGUCACGUGACAUCGCUCUCUGUACAUCCAUCCGGCAAACUUGCACUGACGGUUGGAACUGACAAAACACUGCGCACAUGGAAUCUCAUUAAUGGAAGAUCAGCUUUCAUCAAAAACAUCAAACAAAAUGCACACAUCGUCCGCUGGUCUCCCGACGGCGAUAAAUACGUGGUGGUCAUCCAGGACCAGCUAAACCUUUACGACUUGCAGACAGCCUCCCUGACCAGCACGCUCAAAAAUCCCAAGAGAAUCUCGGCCAUCAAUUUCUUGAAUAACUCCAUUCUGGCUGUCGCUGGUGACGAUGAAACAGUGCGAUUAUGUGAUCUUGCCAAGGGGGAGUGGGUGUGUGAGUUCAAGGCGCAUGAAACCAGGGUAAAAGCGGUGGAAAGUUUCAAGAUAGACGACGACUGCAUUUUGGUCACAGCGUCCAACGACGGCUUCAUCAAAAUGUGGAAGCUCCAUCUCAACCAGGAGCUGGAAUGUCCCAUCCUCUUGGGGGAAGUGAACACUGCGGCCAGGCUGACGUGUCUAGCCGUGUGGAAACCUUCAACGCCGCGGCAGACCGCAGAAGACGAGAAAGGAGGCGAGGCCGCAGCCACGUCACAAGAGUUGGCUAAGGCACUUUUGAAGACAAAGCGAGUGCGCAUCUUCACACACGAAGAAGUCCUUUUGGAAGAUGAAAGCAAACCGAAGAAGAAGAAGAAGAAAAAGCUUGGCGGGAAGCAGCAAGAAGCGAAAUAA